GGCGGCGGCGGCGGCGGCGCGCGCGGGGCGAUGGCGGACAGCGCCAGCGAGAGCGACACCGACGGCGGCGGCGGCAGCGGCGGCUCCGCGGGGCCGCUGUCGGGGGGCGGCCCGGGCGCGGGGCCCGGCUGCGGCGCGGCGGGCGGCGGCGGCGGCUCCUCGGGGGGCGGCAAAGCGGGCGGGAUCGUGAUCUCGCCGUUCCGGCUGGAGGAGCUGACGAACCGCCUGGCCUCGCUGCAGCAGGAGAACAAGGUGCUGAAGAUCGAGCUGGAGACCUACAAGCUCAAGUGCAAGGCGCUGCAGGAGGAGAACCGCGACCUGCGCAAGGCCAGCGUCACCAUCCAAGCAAGGGCAGAGCAAGAAGAAGAAUUCAUCAGUAAUACUCUAUUUAAGAAGAUUCAAGCUCUGCAGAAAGAAAAAGAAACACUUGCAGUAAACUAUGAAAAGGAAGAGGAAUUUCUCACUAAUGAGCUCUCAAGAAAACUGAUGCAGCUGCAACAUGAGAAAGCUGAACUGGAGCAGCAUUUAGAACAGGAACAGGAAUUUCAAGUGAACAAACUGAUGAAGAAGAUUAAAAAACUGGAAAAUGAUACAAUUUCGAAGCAGCUCACCCUGGAGCAGCUAAGACGUGAGAAGAUUGACCUUGAGAACACUUUGGAGCAGGAACAAGAAGCACUAGUGAACCGUCUCUGGAAGAGGAUGGAUAAGCUUGAAGCAGAAAAACGAAUUUUGCAGGAGAAAUUAGACCAGCCAGUAUCUGCUCCACCAUCACCCAGAGACAUAUCAAUGGAGAUAGACUCUCCAGAAAAUAUGAUGAGACAUAUCAGGUUUUUAAAGAAUGAAGUGGAGAGGUUAAAGAAACAACUGAGAGCUGCACAGUUACAGCAUUCAGAGAAGAUGGCACAAUAUUUAGAAGAGGAGCGACAUAUGAGAGAAGAAAACUUGAGACUUCAAAGAAAAUUACAGCGGGAAAUGGAACGUAGGGAAGCUCUCUGCAGACAACUGUCAGAAAGUGAAUCCAGCUUAGAAAUGGAUGAUGAAAGAUAUUUUAAUGAGAUGUCUGCACAAGGAUUAAGACCUCGCACUGUGUCCAGUCCUAUCCCUUAUACACCCUCACCAAGUUCUAGCAGACCUAUAUCACCUGGUCUGUCAUAUGCAAGUCACACAGUUGGUUUCACACCACCAACUUCACUGACUAGAGCUGGAAUGUCUUACUACAAUUCCCCAGGCCUUCAUGUGCAACAUAUGGGACCAUCCCAUGGUAUUACAAGGCCUUCACCACGAAGAAGUAACAGCCCCGACAAAUUUAAACGUCCCACUCCUCCUCCUUCUCCAAACACGCAGACCCCAGUGCAGCCACCUCCGCCACCACCUCCGCCACCUGUGCAACCUCCGGGCCAAGCCGCGGCAUCGCAGGCAGCCAAUUUUCAGCAUUCAGUGCAUCCCUCCUCUCAGCCUUAGUGCAUGUGCUCUGCAGUCUCUAUGUCAGAAGUGGACUCAUAACACGGAGCAGUUUACUAAAAGCCAAAGGCUUACUUGGCAUAUUUGGAUUUGACUUAUUUGCACUGAGGUUAUAUAGGCUUCACUGUUAAUUGUGUUGUAAACGUUUGUAUAAAAUGCAGCCAGUGUUGUGGGUCUACAACACUAACUUAACAAAAUUUUCCAUCAGUGUUUACUUGAACUACAUGUAUGUCCAUUCUCUGGCUGGAACAUUUGCUACUCUGUUUGGUAAUACGGCAUUAUGUCGUUUUGCUUGGCUCCAGAGCUUCAUUUUCCUGGCUUUUAGGUUUGUAAAAUUAAAGGGAUACCUUUUUAUAUUUUUUCAUGACAAUUUGCAGAAAAUGAAAGGCAUGAUGGGCUACAUGAUAAAUUCUAAAAUAUUACAGUGUUUACCAAGCUUAUGGAAGAUCAGCACUAUGUUUCAGUCGUUUAAAAUAUCAGCUUCUAGUGCAAAAGUGAGUCAGACACCCUAAUCAGUGCCCAAGACACAAGCUCUCUGGUAUUUUAUAGCAAAUCAGCUUAAUUCACAGAGGACACAUCCAUACUUCUUCUCCUGUUUAAAAGCACCUAAAUCACAUGGUACAGUCAGAACUUUACACUGAGGGAACUGGCUUGUUGGAGUCUGUGGAAUGUACAAUUCGUGGACCUUAAGAUUUGAUGAUGUCACUUGACAUUUCUGCUAACCUGUAAGCUGCCCAUACCGUGUGCCCUGUCACAGUGACUGUAGGGGAGUGUGGUCCUGCCCACAGGUUACUGAGAGCUGAUUCAAGUGUGUGCUCUUGGAUUUUUUUGCUGCAGAAGGCAAUGUGAUUGUAGAGAACAGCUAAUGAUAAUUUCUUUCUUGUUAAAAUAUAUUCGUUGUGAUUCCCCUGAAGCAAAGUUUGAACAGGUAUUUUAAAUGUUCAAAAGUCUGUUAGAAAACGAAAUCAGCAUAGAGGAAUAUAUUGGCUAAUAGCCAAAACUUUGUAUUGCUUGGUAGAAACAGAGUACAAGAAAGUAGCACAACAUGGCACUAAUGAAUGCUUCUUUAGCAGCCUAAGCCGGUACAAUGUAUAAAGAAAUGUAUUCCAAAUACAUUCUUUCCAUUCAUUUAGCACAAAUAAAUUGGUUUCACUUUGCAGUGGAACAAAGUGUCACUUCUUGAUAUUGACAUCUACUCGGUUACAUUUUUCCUGAGGUUCCUGUUGAGUACUGGGGUUUAUAUAUUAUUGAUAAUUUUAAAUGGUUUACCUCAUAUAUAUGGAUAUGUGGGCCAUGGAAAAUGACAAGAGAAUGUUUAUUUUAUGAGAAUAUGUAUCUGGCUAUAAUCAGAGCAAAACAUGAGUAAUUUAUCUUUUGUUUACAAAAGUUUGUUUGACAUGCUUAAUGCUUUAUUAAGAACAUUUUUAAGAAGGAAGUACAGCAUUCUGGUAGUAUACUAACUCUUGUACAUAUAAUGUCAUGUUUGCCGCUCACCUAUUCAGUCAGAAUUGCAAACUGAAAAUCCUUAUGAAAAUAGUGAUCUAAAUCAAAGUUGUAAGUUAAAAUAAUGUUGUAAAAUGUUCCGCUUAAGGCAAAAUUAGAAUUUCUUCACCAUAGCUAUGUAGUUUCAGCUCUGAGAGAAUUUAGAGAAAUGCAUAUAUAGUCUAUUACACUUCUUAAACCAAUAUGGGAUCAAGUGCAUUAUCAAAUUACAUUACAUUAAUUAUGGUAGUUACUCUCCAGUCAAACAAUUCUCAAGAUUGUGGCAAACCUAAAAUUUGACAACUGCUUCCACCUGAAAAUAAUUGACCAUAGCAGAUGCUCAGCUUUGCAUAGAGGAAACUCAGCUCUGAGCAUUCUAAUUAAGCAGAGCUCCUGAAUAAGUGAUAGGAUUGAAUGGGGGAAAGUGACAGAUAGUCAGAGGUGGGACUAAGGUCAAGACAGGAUCAGCUUAGUUUGACGCUUGUCCUUUUGUAAACAUAAGACGAAGAAAAAAAUAUACUCUCUGUUAAGUAGGAUUCCAGCUUAAGUAUCCCAGAAUUUAAAAUGGUGCCCUCCUUUCUGAAGUGCUUUGAGAUCCUUGGAUGUAUGGCUCUGUGAAGGGCAAUCUCGUGGUGGUAGUAGCACAAAUGUGGGUGGAAAGGGAAGAGCCUUUGAUGGUGUUUUAAGAUCUCAAAGUGGAAAAUUGCCUAGAAUAAUUUACAUUUGAAGCAUAUUCCAAAACUGAAUUUGUGUAACCCAAGUUCAGCUGCUGUUAUAAAGUGUCUUAGUGAACUUUCCUUACUGUUCCAGUGGGACUGUUACCAGAAGAAAGUAAAGAACUGACAAAUGUAUACUAAACCUUGAAAGUGUAAAAAGGCACUAAAUUGGCCUUAUUGAACUAAGAACGUUGAACAAACAUUUGCUUGCAAUCAGAAGUGUUAAACUCUAUUUGUAGACUUUUUGAAUAAGAUGAGAAAUUGUGCACAACCAUCUCCUAAUAAAUGUAAAUGGAUUUUCAGUUUUCCUUGUGAAUUAUAGUCAUGAAUUAUGAUUCUGCAGCUGUGAUUUUAUCAGAUCUAUGGACUGGAGAAACUCAACAGUGAGGUCCAGCUCACUAUGAGGGCUUAAGUGCUUUGUUUCUCUCAGAAGCACCUGGGUGGUUUUGUGACAUCCUUUUCAUCAUUAAUGCCUCUCAGUUGCACACUGCAUUGUCACCAGCUGUGUAAGUCCACAGAAGCAAUUUCUAGCUGUGUGGAGCAUUUUGUGAGCGUACCCCUUCACAGCUAAAGAUUAAAAAAAAUAAAAUCUACUUUUCAGCUGUUUCA